AUGGCUUCCCAAAUACCAGGAUCUGAUCAGAUAAAACAAUAUAAGGAAAUUCUUGGAGCCUACAAUAAAUUUACAGAAGCCUCCUUUUUGGACUGUGUUACAGACCACAUGACAAGAAGAAUAUCCAUGAGAGUUCAGGAAUAUAAUAUUCAGCAGAACGAAGACAUGGCAGCCAAAAUAGGACUCUUGGCCAACCACGAUAAAGAAGUCCUGAUGGAUUUUGUAGAAAAGCCCUAA